AUGACUGGUCCCUAUCCGGCCUGCUGGCCAGCUUUGCUCCUGGGACUGCUGUCGCCCUGGCUGGCGGGGCGUUGCAUGCCCGUCUUCGCCCAGCAGCACAACGACACCCUGGAGUGGCGCUGGGAGACUCUCUUCUCGCGCUCCAUGGCCAGGCUCCCCGCCGGGGAAAGGAAUUUGCUCAGCCGGGACGGGGACUAUCUGCUGGGCAUCAAGAGGCUGCGGCGCCUCUACUGCAACGUCGGCAUCGGGUUUCACAUCCAGGUCCUGCCGGACAGCCGGAUCAACGGGAUCCACGACGAAAACCGAUACAGUUUACUGGAAAUCUCUCCAGUGGAACGAGGAGUGGUUAGCCUUUUUGGUGUUAAAAGUGGACUUUUUGUAGCAAUGAACAGCAAAGGCAAACUCUAUGGAUCUAGCCAUUUUGGUGAUGAGUGUAAAUUCAAAGAGAUUUUGCUGCCAAACAACUACAACGCCUAUGAGUCCCAGAUCUAUCCUGGAAUGUACAUGGCCCUGAGCAAAAAUGGAAGAACCAAGAAAGGCAACAAAGUGUCUCCCACCAUGACAGUGACACAUUUUCUUCCCAGGAUUUGAGAAUUCUCCCUUCAAAGCUACCUCAGGGCAGAAGGAAAAG